AUUCCCGGUCUUUAUUUUCUCUGCUUUAUUCGUCGUUAGUUAUUGUUGUCUUUCGCGCCGUUUGCCGUUUGUCACCUGGCUUAACUCUUCAAGAGCUCAGGACAGAGCAAUAACUUCUGCUGGUGGCUCAACUGCCACAUGCCACGUUCUUCUUGAGAAAUCACUCGAUAAUUAUUUGGCCUUGUCAUUCAUUCCUGUUUUUAAUACCGUUCUGCACUAUCCCGCCAUUCUCCAUCUGAUCAAUCCGCUUAGUCCACUCAGACCUUGUUCUUGGGGGCUCUUGCAGAGUCACCCCUCAUUUCCUGCGAUCUUAGCUGUGAUCCGAUUACAAUUUCACUUCAAUUCAUAAAUUGUGAAAAUCGCGUUCAGCUCCCAACACAAUUUUGCGGCUGCUUUGAGCUACAAUAUCAGUCAUUGCAUACAACCUUUCAGCGCUCCAGCCCAGCACGAAACGACCUUCAAACGUUUGAAAAUUCAUAGAGAAUUUCCACCCUCUUUCAGAAUGGGCGACAUCGCCGAGGCCAGUGAACUCCUCCCGUCGCCGUGGACCAGUUAUACACAACCACCACCACCAAUACCACGGCGAAAUCCAUUCCGCUACGCCAGGAGCAUGUCGACAACAAGCAGCCCCAUCUCUUCUCCAGACUCUAGCCCCACAAGCUCAAGCCGGCGGAACCAUUGCUCAGCAUCCCUGAAUCGUAUGUAUCACCGUAGCCGCAGUGGCAGCCCGUUCACAAUGCGUUCUGCAACCUCAUCAUUUCGACUGUCAUCUCUACUUCUCCGUCGUCGGCCGUCUGCUGUGGAUUUGGCGCUGAGUGAAGAGCGUUAUCGGUGUGCUGAGGACUCGGUCGAGAAGAUUGGGUUGGGCCUUAUGGAGCCGCGACCUGUAGAUCCUAUCCCAGCGCCAAUGAUCAUUGGGGAUGCGGAGGCCAACUUCAAUUGGAACAUGAACAUGAGUAUUAGACCGUUGUCUGAUGUUGAGUCAGAUGGUGAUAAUACGCAACACGUCAAUUCGUUGCGGAUAGGUAUUAAACCACGAUUUGUUAUGGGUGGGAUUUUCGAGGUCAUGGAAGGGUCGGCUUAGAGAAGUCUCUAACUAACGGGGAUACAACUAAAUUUACUGAUCCUGGCAGCCUGAGUUGUGGGACAUCCAAGUGGUUGUAUUAGUUAGCAUGGAGGCAGCUGAUAUGUGCGGUGCGCAAGUCUGUAAUCAACAAAAUUAGCACAGCU